AUGUCAAAACAGCAAGAAAAAUUUUUCGAUUUUAAUAAAUUUUGGUUUAAAUGUUUUGGAUUAUGGGUCCCAGACGAAAAAGAGAAAUCCUACAAACUUUUAAUUUACACUUACAACGCGAUUAUAGUAUCGUACUCGGUUAUUUUAUUCACGAUCGCGCAAAUUAUAAGUAUUCUCGAUAUUAAUAACGAUCGCGCGACGUUUAUCAAAAAUAUAAACCUCGUUUCGAGUUUUUGCGUUACGAAUUAUAAAGUGUACAUUUGGUUUUCGCGCAGAAAAGAGUUUCUGAGAUUGUUUGAAUUUGUCGAGGAUAGUUUUAGUAUUUUCGAGGAACACGAUGAUUUUAAACCGAGCUAUAUAAUCGCGAAAAGACAACGUUUUAAAGAUAAUUUUCUAAAAGGAUAUUUGGGUUUGUCUUAUUUCAUAUCAUUUUUUUGUUUACUCAACGAGGUAACUCAAGUUUUAUUGUCUGGGGAGAAAUAUUUCGUUUAUUCCAACGAAACUGUAAGAUUCGAUUGUGAUGUUGAGAUACCAUUUCAAUGUUGGCUUCCUUUUGAUCCUUUCCAAUCGAAAAUUAAACAUUUUUUUGGGGUUUUUAUGCAAGUUGUCGCUGUUAUUCUUGGUGGAUCAAUUACAGUUUGUGUGGAUACUUUGUAUAUGAGUGCCGUUUUGGGAGUUACAAUUCAUUUUGAGUUGUUACAAGGUGGGUUUAGAACAAUUCGUGAAAAUUGCGCUAAAAAGCUCGGGAUAAGUGGCGAUUUUAUUCGGGAUCCCCCCGAAUUAAUCGAAAUGACGGAUAAUAAAAUGAAAAAGUUAGUUAUUCAUUUACAAAAAGUCUUAACGUUUUGCGACUUACUCGAAGAUCUCUACACUAUUACGAUUUUAUCGCAACUUUUAAUUUCAAUGGUUGCUCUUUGUACCUGUUUAUUUUUAGUGUCUGAAGUACCUAUGAGUUCCGAGUUAAUACCACAAAUAUUUUAUUUAUUAUGCGUUGAAAAUCAAAUCGCUCUGUAUUGUUACGCAGCUAAUGAACUAACAUUAAGCGCUUCGCUGAUUCCUCAAUCUCUUUACGAGUCAAAUUGGUUAUCAACGAGUAAUAAUUUCAAAAAUUCUAUAAGAUUAACAAUGUUAAGGAUGUCGGAACCGGUUUAUUUAACAAUCGGGAAAUUUAUGCCGUUAACUUUGAGCACGUUUGUAAGCAUUGGACGAAUAAGUUAUUCGUUAUUAGCCGUUUUAAAGCGUUAA